UCUCUCUCUGCGCUGCCUCCUCACAUGGCAGAGUCUCACAUGGCAGAGUCUUCCAAUCAUUCUGAUGAACAAGCUCUCAUGGCUUUCAAAGCUGCUAUCUCUCACGAUCCAUAUAAUUCCUUACUCCAUUGGUCUCCCAAUCACACCUUCUGUAAUUGGCCUGCCAUUACCUGCUCUUCUCGUCGACAGCGUGUGGUUUCCUUGAAUCUCACUGGUAUGGGAUUACUUGGCCCCAUCUCUCCCUUUCUCGGAAAUCUUUCCUUCCUCAGAGUACUUGAUCUCAAAACUAAUAGUUUCCAGGGCCACAUUCCAUAUCAGCUUGGAAGGCUAUUUCGCUUGAGAUGGCUUCGGUUGUCUUUAAACAAUUUAAGUGGAAGCAUUCCACCUGAAUUUAGUCUUCUUUCAAAUUUAGAAGCCAUAGGAUUAGGAGGAAACAAAUUGACAGGUAUUAUCCCACCUUUCUUAGGAAACAUGUCCCUUCUAAAGAUCCUUGACUUGUCCGAAAAUACACUCCAAGGUGGUAUUCCUGCCGAGUUGGGUAUGCUUAGUCAGCUAAACUGGCUUAAUCUUUGCAUCAACAACUUCAAUCCGAGUUCGAUCCCCCUCCCCCUUUCAAAUUGCACUCGUCUCCAAACUUUGGAGCUCUGUGAUAACAACUUAAACGGCCCAAUUCCAUGGGAGUUUGGAAGGCUGUCAGAGCUGCAAAAAGUGGUUUUGUGGCAAAAUCAACUCAGUGAAGAAAUACCCUGCUCAGUGGGGAAUUGGACUCAGUUGGAAGCGCUGGAUCUGGGGAUCAACCAACUGAGCGGCACAGUGCCCCUGGAAUUUGGUAAAAUGCAGCAGCUGAGAUGGUUUUAUUUGUGGGGAAAUAAUUUUGUAAGUGGAAGCAGCGGUCUGCCUAUUCUAACAGUGCUAACUAAUUGCUCCAGCUUGGAAAUUCUUGAAUUGGGAUAUAAUCAUCUCACUGGCGUCUUGCCCACUUCAGUUGGUCGCCUUUCAAAUUCACUCUCUGCUUUAUCUUUGGACAGAAAUGAAAUUGGGGGAAACAUACCAAAUGAGAUUGGUAACCUAACAAACCUGGCAACAUUAGAUCUAAGUGCAAACCGAUUCAAUGGGACCAUUCCAUCUGCACUUGGCAAACUUCCAAAUCUGGAAAGAUUAUAUCUAGAGGCAAACAAUUUGCAGGGAAGAAUUCCAGAAAGUUUUGGACAAUCAAUAAGGCUUGGAUUGUUGUCACUCAGUGAGAAUAUGCUUUCAGGCCAAAUUCCAGAUAGUCUUGGCGAGCUUGCACAAUUAAGAGACCUUAUUCUUUAUCGCAAUCAACUAUCAGGCAAAAUACCUGCCAGUUUAGGGAAAUGUAAGACAUUGGAGAUGGUGGACUUUUCCCACAACAAACUAACAGGAGACAUACCUCCUGAAGUUGCAGGUCUUCAAAAUCUCCAGUUGUAUUUCAAUGUUUCCAACAAUUUCUUGCAAGGUUCUAUUUUGGAAAUGAGUAAAAUGGUUAUGGUUUUAGCUAUAGAUCUUUCUCAAAACAAUUUCUCGGGUGUCAUUCCUAGUGCACUAGCAAGCUGCAAGGGUUUGGAACAUCUAAAUCUUUCUUGGAAUGCAUUUGAGGGGCCAAUCCCUGCAUCACUAGCAGAUCUGCAAAAUCUGCAGGACAUGGAUCUUUCUCGCAAUAAUUUGUCAGGUAUGAUACCGGUGACUUUCAAAAAGAUGAAAAUGCUCCGACAUCUCAAUCUCUCUUCAAACAAGUUGACUGGAGAGGUCCCAAAGGAAGGAGCUUUCGCAACACUCGAUGCCUCAGAAGUUAUGGGAAAUCUUGGCCUCUGUGGUGGAUGGAUAAACUUGCCACCAUGCCCUCAUUCCAAUCACAAACAGCCAUCAGUCUCCAAAAAGGUGAUUAUUCCUGUCAUAGUAGGCAUUGCAAUUUUGAUCAUGUCUCUUCUAUUGGUAGUAUUUUCUUAUAUAUUAUGGAGACAUUCUAGUACCCCUGCUCUCAAUGUAUGGCCUCCAAAAAUUUCAUAUGAAGAACUUGUAGAUGCAACUGGUGGGUUUAGUGAUGAAAAUCUGUUAGGAAUUGGUAGCUUUGGGUCAGUUUAUAAAGGGAUUCUAAAGAAUGGUACAAUUAUUGUUUUAGCAGAGAAUGCAAUGCAUUAAAGAGAGUUCAGUAUCGUAAUGUAAUAAAAAUCAUUUCAGCAUGCUCCAA